AUGACCGGACAACACGAAGCUGCCAUUCUCCCCCAGCAGGGCGGUCCCUUGUCUCUUGGCAAGCGUCCCACCCCCGAGCCCGGUCCAAACGAUGUUCUCAUCGAAGUCAAGGCUGUUGCCUUGAACCCCUGCGAUUAUUUCCAGCGUGACUAUGGCAUGCCUCCUGUGCCUAUCUACCCCGCUAUCAUCGGAUCCGAUACUGCUGGUGUUGUCACCAAGCUGGGCUCUAAUGUCACCACGGUCCCUGGCCCAGGAAGCCGAGUUAUUGCCUUUGCCUCAUCAUUCUACCAGAACGGCUCCCCAGACCACGGUUCCUUCCAAAAGUACACUUUGGCACAAUCCGAAGCUGUCAUCCCACUUCCAGACAAUCUAUCCUUUGAGGAAGGCGCGGUCUUCCCUUUGGCCGUCUUGACUGCCUUGACUGCCUGGACCACAAUCGGCAUUCGGCUCGACACCAAGUACACUCCCGCAGACAAACAAGCGGUCCUGAUCUGGGGCGCAUCGAGCAGUGUAGGCACGUUUGCCGUACAAUCGGCCAAGACACUCGGCUUUACUGCCUACGCCACCGCCAGUCCCAAGCACCAUGACCUCGUCAAGAAGCUCGGAGCCCAUGCGGUUUUCGAUUACAGGGCAAGCGAUGUCGUCUCCCAGAUUGUUAGCGCCGUGAAAAAGGAUGGUGUCAAGCUGCACACUGCACACUGCGUUGUUGAUGGAGCUCUGCAGCCAACAUUAGACGUCCUUAAGGAGACCAAGGGCAAUGCACAUGCCAAGGUUGCACACUCACCCCUACUCCCAGAAGGUCACCCUAUCCUUGACAACACGCAGAUCACUUUCAAUUUCCCAUCUAUGGACGAGACCGCGAGGAGCAAGCACAUUGACGAGGUCUUCAAUGGGUGGCUGAAGACCGGUCUGCAGUCCGGUGAAGUAAUCCCCAGCCCCACUAUCCAGAUUGAGGGUGGCGGUCUGGGCGGAGUGCACGCAGCACUGGACAAGCUCAAGGGUGGUGUCAGUGGCACUAAGAUUGUUGUGCCAGUCUAA